AUGUCGAAACAGACAGACAGACAGACAGACUCCAGAUGUCAGUUGUCCAACAAUUCAGAUGGUUUGCAGUCUAUAUGCACUUCCACUGUGACUGGCACAAGUACUUCCGAUUCAAUCCGUUCAGUACAUGAUAAGGCUUCAAACAACCUUUGCUCUUCCGUGGCUCAAGUGACUAGUUCCAGCGUUGCUUCGGGAACACUGCUUACUGCUUCAUCAAGCAUAGAAAAUGUCUUUGCAGAAACUAAAUCACCUGGAAGUGAUGUGAAUAAUUUGUUUUCUCUUCCUCUUCGAUUGUCAACUGGUUUUGUUGGUGUUUCGCACAUUGAAAAUCCUGUGUUUCAUGAAUUUAUCAACGAGAAGUGUAAUAGACUACGAUAUCCUCCUCAGUUGGCUUUGGAAAUGUGGCAAUUGUAUUCAUCAUCGAAUUUGCCUGUGGUAUCGACCGACAAGCCUCCUAUUUCGUGUGGUCAAUAUAAAAGUUCAUCCUGCGGCACUCAACAACCGGAUCGUGGGUGCUUGAAAACAGAUGAUAGUCAUUUCAGUUGCAUAACAAAAGUCGCCUUCGUACGAAAGCUCAAAUGCGUGAAGUAAGCACGAUAAAGGAGAGAACAUCAGAGAAGAUUAAGUUAGAAAAUUGUAACAAUAAGUGUAGGCAAUCAGAAGGCUGUUUAUCAGACAAAGAAAAUACCAAUGUAUCAAAUUCUGAGGUGGUAAUCGUGUCUCUUACAUUCUGCUGAUU